AUGCAUACCGGACGUCGUUUACCUCCUACACCAAUUUCAUCUAAUCAUAUAUUAUCCUUAUCACAAACUGCUCCAGCAACAGCAAAUUCAUCACCAAAAAUAAUACUGACGAGUAAUAAUUCGGUAAAUUCCGGAUGCCUAUUCGCUUUUCAAAAUAUUGAAUUGAAUCGAGGAGCACAAUCAUAUGAUGACAAUUUGCCAAUGAUACAUUCAAGCAAUCGUAAAUUACCGUUGAAUCAAGGACGAAGCCACAACUCUACGCCACAUAUUGCUAUGUAA